UGAGAAGAUGGAGGAAUUCGGCGAUCUCCCGAGACCCACAGAACAAAACAAAGCCAAGCCCGCCGCUGGGGCCCGCCUCCCUGAGCUACUUCCGGACUUCAGUUGGAGCUUUAGGCCGACCCUUUAAAAUGCCUACGUCACUGCGACUCAGCCAAUCGCCAUCGUCAGAAAGUAGAUGGGUUUUUAAGGGCACCAAUCGAGGAAAAGUUGGGCGGAAACGAGACCAUCUUGACCAAUAAGAGAAAACGUACGGCGGAGAGACUCUCAGGAAGAUGGCAUCACUAGUCCGGCUACAAGCUGAUUGGCAGGUGUUUUGACCACAAGACUCCAGGCCCUGCCCCCUGAGCUCUGCCCUCGGAUGUCCGACCGCCCAGAGCCUGCAUGCGCCGAGGGGCGCCCCAGGACCAGGAGCUGGUGGGUCCGGGGGCCCCUGGGCGGGGGUCCCGGGGCGCCCCUCCUCCCUCGGGACCUGUGGUCCCGGUGCUCGUCUUUCCACCGGAUCUAGUAUUCAGAGCGGACCAAAGGAGCGGACCCCGACAGCUGCUGACCCUCUACAACCCCACGGGAACUGCGCUCCGCUUCCGAGUUCUGUGCACAGCACCUGCCAAAUAUACGGUGUUUGACGCAGAAGGGUUCGUAAAGCCUCAGUCCUGCAUUGACAUUGUGAUUCGCCAUGUGGCCCCCAUUCCCAGCCACUAUGAUGUCCUGGAUCGCUUCCGCAUUGAGCUGUCUGAGGAAGGGGUUGAAGGCCGAGUGGUGGGACGGAAGGACAUCACCUCCGUACUGAGGGCCCCAGCGUACCCUCUUGAGCUUCAGGGACAGCCUGAGGCAGCACCCCACCCAGCACCAUCUGCCUGGACAGCACCACUUCCGGCCAGACAGUUACAAGACAACUCCCACCAGCAACUGGCCACCAGCUCCUUCCUGCUCUUCUUGCUGACGGGCAUCGUCUCUGUGGCCUUCCUGCUGCUUCCACUCCAGGAUGAACUGGGCAGCCAGCUGCCACAAGUCCUCCAUGUCUCCUUGGGACAGAAAUUAGUGGCAGCCUAUGUGUUAGGCCUCCUCACCAUGGUGUUCCUCCGGACCUGAACUCCCUGCUCAGCCCCAGCCCAUCUCUCCUCCCCAGGCAGGGACCUGAGGUGGCCACUGUGACGCUCGCUCAUACCUUGCCUCGACUUUCUUCUACUUCCUGACCACCCUCAGCUACUCAGCUUCCCUGCACCCCCCCCCCAAGAAAAACAACCAGGGAUUUGUACUCAUUUUCCAAGUUGAAUAAAAUACAUUUUUAAAAU